CUGUCUUACCAGAAACCAGCCCUAACACGCCAGAGCUCCAUCUCUCAGGUCGGCCUCCUGCCCUCCUCCCUCCCUCCCUCCCUCCCUCCCUCCUGCCUCAGCCCCGCCCCGGCCCCUGGGGCCCUCCCCGCUCCCGCUCCGCUCCCCUCCCCGCCCCUCUGGACUGGCUGGGCAGGGCUGGGCCUGGCCAGUCGACAACGCAGGGGCUGGGGCAGGCAGAUCAGAGGGAGCUGAGGGAGGCCUGACCUGAGGCCAGCACCCGGAGCUGGUGGGAGCCAGACCCAGAGCUCCGCGGCCGCCCCUUCCCCGGGCCAGGCCAUGCGCUGCCCCAAGUGCCUUCUCUGCCUGUCAGCACUGCUCACACUCCUGGGCCUCAAAGUGUACAUCGAGUGGACAUCCGAGUCCCGGCUCAGCAAGGCCUACCCCAGCCCUCGGGGCACCCCGCCAGGCCCCACGCCAGCCAACCCUGAGCCCACCCUACCUGCCAACCUCUCCGCCCGCCUGGGCCAGACUGGCCCACUGCCCUUCGCUUACUGGAACCAGCAGCAGUGGCGGCUGGGUUCCCUACCCAGUGGGAACAGCACUGAAACGGGGGGCUGCCAGGCUUGGGGGGCCGCCGCCGCCGCCGAGAUCCCUGACUUCACCUCCUACCCCAAGGACCUCCGCCGCUUCCUGCUGUCAGCAGCCUGCCGGAGCUUCCCACAGUGGCUGCCUGGAGGUGGUGGCGGCCAAGUCUCCAGCUGCUCGGAUACUGAUGUCCCCUACCUGCUGUUGGCCGUCAAGUCAGAACCAGGGCGCUUUGCAGAACGACAGGCCGUGAGGGAGACGUGGGGCAGUCCAGCUCCAGGGAUCCGGCUGCUCUUCCUGCUAGGGUCUCCAGUGGGUGAGGCGGGGCCUGACCUAGACUCACUAGUGGCCUGGGAGAGCCGUCGCUACAGUGACCUGCUGCUCUGGGACUUCCUCGACGUCCCAUUCAACCAGACGCUCAAAGACCUGUUGCUGCUGGCCUGGCUGGGCCACCACUGCCCCGCUGUGAGUUUUGUCCUGCGAGCCCAGGAUGAUGCCUUUGUGUACACCCCUGCCCUGCUGGCUCAUCUGCGGGCCCUGCCACCUGCCUCGGCCCGAAACCUCUACCUGGGUGAGGUCUUUACACAGGCCAUGCCUCUCCGGAAGCCAGGAGGACCCUUUUACGUGCCUGAGUCCUUCUUCGAAGGUGGCUACCCAGCCUAUGCAAGCGGGGGUGGCUACGUCAUUGCCGGGCGCCUGGCACCCUGGCUGCUGCGGGCAGCAGCCCGUGUGGCACCCUUCCCCAUUGAGGACGUCUAUACUGGCCUUUGCAUCCGAGCCUUGGGCCUGGUGCCCCAGGCCCACCCAGGCUUCCUCACAGCCUGGCCAGCAGACCGCACUGCGGACCACUGCGCUUUCCGCAACCUGCUGCUAGUACGGCCCCUGGGCCCUCAGGCCAGCAUUCGGCUCUGGAAACAACUGCAAGACCCAAGGCUCCAGUGCUGACUCUCGGUGGGGAGGGCGGAGGUGCUGACCUGGCCCGGGCCCUGGCCUGGGCCUCUGGGGCUUGCCCCUGGCUCAGCCCCUCCUUCCAGGUCUUGAUGGGAGGGAGGAGGGCCUAGAAGCUGGACAACUUAAGCCACUCCUUGGCCUCCCCAGCCAGGGGCCUGGGCAGGCAAGAUGGGGUGGUGGGCUGUUUUUGCCUACUUUUUGUUUUUGAAAAACAUGCACUCCCCACUCUGAGG